AUGUAUGUACCUAGUAGGUAGGUACUACUAGGUAGGUAUGGAGACAAUCAGAUACCUACUAGUAUUGAAAUAGUGGGGUAAUCUGAAAAGAGAGAGGCUUCAGUGUGGGUACCCAGGCAGCUAGGUAGGUAGGUAUGUACCACUACAUGUAGGUAAGGUCCACGGGUAUGAGUGAAGUGUGAUGCUACGCUAGGUACCUACAUUUUGAUCUUUCCCCGCCACAGAGAAAUAGUCGCAACCAUGAUCUUUGUUCUUCCAAUGUUCAACGUUCUUCAUUCGACAUUUUCUACCAAAUACAUACUUCACGUAUACGUCGUCUUUCGUCGCUUUCCCAUACAUUCUGGAAGUGAAAUGUACCAGUUAGUCGAGUUAUGACUUGUACAAAAUUCAUGUGGUCAUUGAUCAACUAUAGCCUUGCGGUUAAGGAGUCUUGAUCCUUAUCUUCUUACCUCUUCCGUUGAUGGGACGAUUGGGCACCUAUCUACAAAAUAAAUACUUCUCGCAUCUGCAGGCACUCAUAAGUUUAUCAUAAUGAGUGACCUUCAGAAAGCUUGGGCCAAGAAUCGCUUGAGCGCUCUUCCUGCCGAGAGUUUCGAUGAAAGGGAAGAAGAAGAGACCGGCCAUGUCCCCGAGCUUCCGGAACAUUUUGACGACGAUUCGUCUUCGGCCUCGUCAGCUUCUUCUACGGGAACCGUUAUCCCAUCUCCGAGCCAAAAUCUAUUUGCUAGACCACAGGGCGCGCCGAGAGGACGGUCUUUACAGCAGAUCCCCUGGACUACCUACUUCGAGAGGGAGUUAUUCCUACAUGACCAAAGUAGUCCUACAAAUCCAACGAUCCAUGCUUACCUCACCUCUCCUGUCGGGAAAGGCCCUCUGUUCGUCAUGCACCAUGGUGCUGGCUCGUCGGGCUUAUCCUUUGCCGUGGUCGGGCAUGAGAUUCGGAAACGCCUUCCGUCCGCUGGCAUCUUAUCGCUCGACGCAAGGGGUCACGGUUCGACCACCACUCCCGACAGCCAAACAGUCGAUCUCAGUCUCGAGACCCUUGCUUCAGAUUUCCUCUCUGUGAUCUUACUGGCCCGGAAGGAGAUGAAAUGGCCAGAGCUGCCACCCAUAAUUUUAGUUGGGCAUUCCCUUGGAGGUGCAGUAGUCACCGAGGUUGCGAAGACAGGAAAACUUGGUAAUGCCGUCCUAGGAUACGUCGUUCUUGAUGUGGUUGAGGGUUCGGCCAUUGAUGCCCUGCAGAGCAUGCACACCUAUCUCUCGACGCGCCCAGCCGGCUUCCCUACCCUAGAAUCAGGGAUCGAUUGGCAUAUACGAACUAGGACGAUUCGCAACUCACUCUCUGCACGCACGAGCGUCCCUGCCUUGCUCAUGCUCCAAAAAAGCCCUGGGGACUCGAGGCCGUGGAAAUGGAGGACGGACCUUGGUGCCACGCAGCCCUUCUGGGAGAACUGGUUUGUGGGGCUGAGUAAAAAAUUCCUCGGGGCAAAGGGCGGGAAGCUAUUACUUCUUGCCGGGACAGACAGAUUAGACACGGAAUUAACAAUCGGUCAAAUGCAAGGAAAAUACUCCUUGCAGAUAUUCCCGGAAGCAGGACAUUUCAUACACGAAGAUUUGCCGGAGAAGACGGCGAUAUCACUCGUGGAUUUUCACAAGCGUAAUGAUAGAAGCGCUUUAGUACUACCCCCUAAGGUGUCCGAUCUUCUCAAACAGGGCAAGAAGGUGUAGUAGUCCGUCGACCAAAUAUAAAUGGGUUAGGGUAGUUCUCGCGAGUGUUCCAUUGACUAAAGAAUCAUGUCCUCUGUAAGAGGAUAUAUUAUCGUGAUCAUUAUUCUACCCUCGCA